ACAGCAAGAGACAAAUCAUGGACUCGGCAUUUGCGAAUGAAAACGGCUACCUCAGUCUGCUGCACAGCGACAUGGAUCCACAGCAUCUGCUGCGAUCCGCAGCCGAGUGUAGGCUUGUUGAGCCUACACCACCUGCAAAUGCAGAGAGUGACUUCUCAGCAGAUCCUGAAAAUGAUACUAGCAACCAUGAUCAGUUCAGUAACAUGGAUUUCCUUUGUGCAAUGGCAAAUGAUGUAAAUGUGCGUGAGUUGUGUUCCUGUUCCAGCCUAAGAGAAGCUUAUGCUAGAGUAGCUGGAUUAAUAGACUAUGUGCUUGAAGAUGAUCAGGAAAAGCAGGUGGAAGACACUUUUGGGAACCUUAACUGGGAUGAAAUGGCUGUUGAAAACUCUGAAAAAUUUUCUGACAUGAAGUUGCAGAAAUGUUACAAACGAACUGCCUUAAGCUCUGCAGAGAGUUGCUCUGGAGUUUCAGAACCCAAAUACAAGAAAAUUGAGUAUCUGCCCGUCAGCACAAAAGGGAGCCAAGAGAACACAGAGUGUGCAGCUCUUCCUCAGCAGAUAAUUAAUUUUGUUUUUGAAAACGGCACAUCAAAUGUUAUAAUAUAUCCAGUGUUGACGUCUUCCACUGAAACGUUGAUCCCCUCAAGUUUUCCAGUUAGUUUACAUGACUUAGAAGUUUUCAAAGAAGUACAAGAUCCUAUAGUUCCUUCUGAAGAACCUCUCAAGAGACCAGGGCCAGUGGAAGAUUUUUGUGUGUCUCUCAUGGAUUAUUUCCGAGAUGUGUGCAAAUUUGUGGCCAUGGAGCGUGAAGUAACGCUUGACCAUCUGUUCAUUGAUGGGACUCUYGUUCAAGGCCAAAAGGAAUCCAAGAGUGGGAAAAACAGUGUAAAAGUAAUGGAAAAGGAGCUAGGGACUUGUAAUCUGCAAGGGAAGGAAAAGGCAGCCCUUGAAAGAAGCCAAAUAUUUCAAGUCCCAGGAAGCAAAGAACUGGAGACUAAAGUGAUUGUGGUGCUAGGAAAAGCGGGAAUGGGGAAAAGCAUCCUUGUUCAGAAGAUCUGCCAGGACUGGUCCAAUGGAGAGUUGCCUCUGUUUGAGUUUGUCUUUUGCUUUGACUGCAAACAAAUAAGCAUGCCCGAGAAGCAAUACAGYUUGAAGGAUCUGCUGCUUGAGUUCUUUGUAAAACCUCAAGAAGGAAGCGAUGAGAUCUUUGAAUAUAUCCUGCAUAAUCCUGCUAAAGUCCUUCUGCUUUUUGAUGGCUUUGAAGGGCUGCAUUGCAGUGGGAAUUCUCCUCGGGGCUCAGACAGCAAGCCUGGCAAAGAGGUGUACAGUAUCACGGAGCUGCUUGCAGGYCUCCUCCAAAAAAAGAUGCUGAAUGGUUGUACCUUACUACUUACAGCAAGACCUAAAGACAAGGUGAGCCAGUAUAUGUCCAAAGUGGAUAAGACUGUUGAAAUAGUAGGAUUCUCCCCUCAGCAGAGAGAAUUAUACAUAACCAGGUAUUUUGAGGGAUUGCCCUACUGUGACAAGGCGCUCAGAUUUAUCAAAGAUUGCCGGUACCUUUUCAGCCAUUGUUACAACCCUCUUAUGUGUAGGUUUGUUUGUUUCCUCUGCGAGACAGCGCUUGAAAUGGGAGAGAAGGACCUUCCUCCAACGCUUACUGCGCUCUUCCUCAAAUUUGUUCAGCAUAAGCUAUCACUCGUGCAAAGAGAGGCUGCGUCCCUGCAAAAUCAAGAGAAUCUUGCUACGCUAGCCCGUAUAGCCUGGUAUCUUGGAGAGAAGCACCAACGUGCCAUGAAGAGUCAUCUCUUUCCUUCCAAGGAAGUUAAAGAAUUUGCUCURAAGUAUGGAUUCGUCCUGCCGUUUGCAUUCCCCAAGCAUUCAGAUGUGGGAGAAGAGGAAUUUGGUAGCACGUUCUCUGAUUUUGCCAUUCAGAAUUUCUUGGGUGCRCUUCACCUUUUGUUAGCAGAAGAGGUCAAGGAUAAAAGCCUAACCAAGUACCUGUCUUUUCCAUCCAAGAAGAAAAAGCCUUACAACUGGUUAGACUUAGUGCCUCGAUUUUUAGCUGGAUUGCUGUUCCUCCAGGAUGACCCUGACUUCUGUUCCCUUUCAAACAAGGAUGUAAAGCAACCAACCAAAAAGCAGAAAACACUCCUGAAAUACAUUAGAAGGCUGCAGAUAAAUAACCUCUGCCCAGAGAGGUUGCUGGAGCUUUUCCAUUGUGUUUAUGAAACACAAAACAACUAUCUCGUGCAGCAUGUGGCCCUAAGACUCAACCCAGAGCUGUCUUUUCUGGGUGUURUUCUUACACCACCUGAUGUCCAUGUGUUGUACUCUAUUUUAGAAAGGUCAAGAAAAGAGUUCUCCUUGGAUYUGCAAAACAGCAGCCUUGAUACGCAAGGGCUAAAAGACUUGGUUGGCCUGAAGAAUGUGACAUCAUUCAGGGCUUCUCUCAGAGAUGCAAUCAGGCUCUGGAAGUCUUUAGAACAGGCAAAAGAGUAUGAGCUGCUGAGAAUAUCAACAGAGAAAUUUAUUCUUGAUCCUUUUAAGGCAAAGACGAUGACUGACAUCAGCGACCUUUCGGACCUUGUAGAGAUGCAGAAGAUCAUCAGCUGUGUGCAAGAUGUAUCUGAKUGGAACAGCUACGAAAUUCCUGCCAUCAAAAACCUCAAGAAACUGGAAUUUGCGCUGGGUCAGGUGUGUGGUCUUCAGGCAGUGCUAAAACUUGUGGAAAUUCUAGCGGCGUUUCCAUCCCUGCAGCAUUUAGACCUUGAAGCUCUGAGUGAGAAUGGCAUAGGAGAUGAAGGAGCAAAGAGUCUAUCUGAAGUCUUUCCAAAGCUGACAUCUCUGGAAACAUUAAACUUAUCACAGAAUAAGAUAACAGAUGUGGGUGCAGAGAAGCUAGCUAAAGCUCUCCCUCAUUUGUCUUCAUUGAAGACCCUUAGCUUGUACAAUAACAGUAUUUGUGAUUUUGGAGCRGAAAGUCUUGCAAAAAUUCUUCCUGCAAUGGCAUCGCUAAGAGUGUUAGAUGUUCAGUACAACAAGAUAACUGACGUUGGAGCCCUACAGCUGACUAACAGCCUAAGAAAAUGUCCCUGCAUUAAGAAUUUGCUGAUGUGGAAUCCUACUAUUCCCUAUGGAGUUCUUGAGCAUCUUCAUCAGCUGGAUUCUAGAAUCAGUGUAUAG